UGUCCUUCAAACACCCCUUAAUUCUUCUUCUUUCUGAUCUCGAUUCAAUCAAAAACCAGAAAAAAUGUCUCCAAAACCCAUAUAUUUUCUCAUUCUCUUUCUUCUUCUUCUUCUUUUUCAACCUUUGGUUUCAACUUCCUCUCUCCACAACCUCCUCCAGAGCCAUGGCUUGCCGGCGGGUCUCUUCCCCGACAACGUCAAGUCGUACGAUCUCGACCACCUCGGACGUCUUGAAGUUCACCUCGAAUGGCCGUGCUUGUCCAAGUUCGAGACCAGAGUUUUCUACGAAAGUGUCGUCAGAGCAAAUCUCACCUUCGGUGGGCUUAGUGGUCUCCAAGGCAUGUCCCAGGAAGAGCUCUUUCUUUGGCUUCCCGUCAAGGGCAUAACCGUAAACGACCCGUCGUCUGGUCUCAUUUUGUUCGAUAUUGGUGUCGCCUAUAAGCAGCUUUCCCUUUCUCUCUUUGAAGAUCCUCCUGUUUGCAGGCCUCAAGAGAUGAGGAAGAUGGGGUUCUUUCAAGCUCAGAGAUGGAAGUUAAUACCUUUUAUCUGAGUGAUAUUGUUCUGUUCCUUUAUAUUGUUCAUUUUUUUUUUUUUUCAAUUUGAUUGAGUAAAUAUGCUUCCUUGUUCUUUGAAGCUAUCGGGAUAGAAGAACUGUAUAAAUGGGUAUAAGGUUUGGAAUCGAAUUUUGGAACUAAUAUUGCGUUUGAAACUUAUUUUGGAAUUAAUAUUGCGUUUGAAACUUAUUUUGGAAUGCUCAACUUUCCCUUUUUU